UGUCCAGAUGCUGAUGUCAAUCCCUGUCAUUCCGUUUGCAAUUCAACUUCCUCUUCCCUAUCAUCGAACUUUAAACCUACUCGUCUUCAUUCUCUGUCAUAUAUUCCUCUUCCCCGAAACUUCCCUCAGUUGUCGAUAUUCCAUCUCUCUUAUUUGCUCUUGGCAGUUGUUCACGAGUUUGUGAUUGCUGAUCACCAUGAAACAGGAAACAAAAAGACUCUCAGAUGAAUACGAGGUAUCCGAUAUUUUAGGGAGAGGAGGGUUCUCGGUUGUAAGAAGGGGUAUAAGGAAAUCAAGCGGUGGUGAAAAAGCCCAUGUAGCCAUCAAAACCCUGAAAAGGUUUGGCCUGUCAAGUUCAACACCUGCAGGAAUCCCACGGAAUAUUAAUCAUGGCGGUCAGAAAAGCUUAGGCGCUUCAAUGGGAUUCCCAAUGUGGAAACAGGUUCCUGUAUCGGAUGCUUUGCUAACAAACGAGAUCUUGGUCAUGAGAAAAAUAGUGGAAAACGUCUCACCUCAUCCAAACGUGAUCGAUCUCUACGAUGUCUACGAGGAUCAGAAUGGUGUUCAUCUUGUGCUGGAGCUUUGUUCGGGUGGCGAGCUGUUUGACCGGAUUGUGGCCCAGGAGAGGUACACGGAGGCUGGCGCUGCAGCCGUGGUGCGGCAGAUUGCGAGAGGGUUGUGGGCUCUUCACCAGGCGAAUAUCGUCCACAGGGACUUGAAGCCAGAAAACUGCCUGUUCCUGAACAAAAGUGAGGAUUCCCCUUUGAAGAUCAUGGAUUUUGGACUAAGUUCUGUGGAGGAAUUCACAGACCCAGUUGUUGGAUUGUUUGGUUCCAUAGAUUAUGUCUCCCCGGAGGCCCUUUCUCAGGGCACGAUUACUUCUAAGAGUGACAUGUGGUCUUUGGGAGUCAUCUUGUAUAUCCUGCUCUCUGGGUAUCCACCAUUCAUUGCUCAGUCAAAUAGGCAAAAGCAACAGAUUAUAAUGGCUGGAGACUUCAGUUUUUAUGAGAAGACUUGGAAGAACAUUACUUCAUCAGCAAAGCAGUUGAUUUCAAGUCUCCUGACAGUUGAUCCACAUAGGAGACCUAGUGCUCAAGAGCUUCUGGAUCAUCCGUGGGUCGUUGGUGAUUUAGCGAAGCAAGAUCAAAUGGAUGCAGAGAUAGUUUCACGAUUGCAGAGUUUCAACGCACGGCGAAAACUACGUGCAGCAGCAAUAGCAAGCUUGUGGACCAGUACCUUUUUCUUUAGGACAAAAAAGCUGAGAUCUCUACUUGGGUCCCAUGAUCUUACUCAGGAAGAAAUCGAGAACCUCAGACUACAUUUUACCAAAAUAUGUGCAAAAGGUGACAAUGCCACACUAUCUGAAUUCGAGAAGGUGCUGAAAGCAAUGAAGAUGUCGUCUUUAGUCCCUCUAGCACCACGCAUCUUCGACCUAUUUGACAAUAACCGCGAUGGAACAGUUGACAUGAGAGAGAUACUGUGUGGCUUAUCCAGCCUCCGGAAUUCUCAAGGGGAUGAUGCUCUUCGUCUCUGCUUCCAGAUGUAUGAUACAGAUCGGUCUGGAUGCAUCACCAAGGAAGAAGUAGCAUCCAUGCUUAGAGCUCUGCCCGAUGACUGUCUUCCAAGGGACAUCACCGAGCCCGGCAAACUGGAUGAGAUAUUUGAUCUGAUGGAUGCCAACAACGACGGAAGAGUAACGUUUGAAGAGUUCAAAGCUGCCAUGCAGAGAGACAGCUCUCUCCAAGAUGUAGUCCUCUCCUCUCUUCGCCCAUUAUAGUUUUCCUACUUCCUGUCAACUCUCCAAAUAAAGUUCUGGACUUCUUUUUUCCUUUAUUGAACAUUUGUCAUACAAAUCAGAAAUGAUCCAAUGAGGAGAGGAGAUAAUGCAUCUCUAA